UGAUAUAUAGAGUAGACGACUUAUGGUUAAACCGCGCUGGGAAGUGGCCCAGAUUAUAGAGACUUUGUCGUAUCAAGUCGUGCAGCGCUUUAACCGAUAUCAGCGACCCGAUUAAGCGCUUAAGACUUUUUAAUACUUUCGCAGACCGAUCUGGCGUCUGGCCGUCUUCCGCGCUGAUUUGUAAGAUAUUAACGAGAUUAGUGGUCGCGGCGUCGGGCAGUUUUUGUAUGACGGAUUUGUGCCGGAUCAAUCGGUGGAUUCAGUUUGUUUGUAAGGAUUGCCGAAGGUUUCUGUGACUGUGAUAAAUUCUGUGAUCUCGGACUGCGUUCCAGGAGGAUUUUUGUGACAGAUGGUAUGAAGCAACAAGCUAAUUCCAUAUCUUAAGCGUCAAACCUCGAGAAGCUCCUAACUUCACAUCUUUGACACAAUAAUGGAGCGUAUGGAAUCCUUAUCCGAUUCGGCCCUGUGUCUGCAAGACCUUGUCAGUGGCGUAACAACGAGCACAUCAUCCGAUCUCCACCACAGUAGCGUUCAUCACCUUCACGAUUCUGUCAGUUCAGCAGUGUCUGUUAAUUCUGCCCUUUCGGGAAUAAUGUCCGGAGGUACCUCUGUGCUGGGUCAUCACCUGGAUUCUCCCCAUCACCACGGAGUGGUACCCCACACGCCGUCCCUGCACUCGCACGAGCCCUUGGAGAAGCUGAAACGUGUAUGGGCGGAAACCGGGGAUUUCAGAGAUGCACACUCUGGGGGUAUGUCAGGAAGUACAGGAUCUAAUUCUUUAGAUCAUCCCCAGUUACCUUUCAGUACUGCGUCAGCAAGAAGCAGGACGCGAGAUAGAAAAGUCAGCCGUUCCCUGUCAGAUCCCAUAAAGACGGAAUCUGGGGUUGGAGUGGAAAACUCCGACGGCUGUGCCGGUAACGAAGGCGAAGCCGGAAAGAACGACAAAAAGAGCAAACGGCAACGUCGUCAAAGAACUCAUUUCACCUCCCAACAAUUGCAAGAACUGGAGGCCACCUUCGCCAGGAACAGAUAUCCAGACAUGAGCACGAGGGAGGAAAUUGCCAUGUGGACGAACCUUACCGAGGCUAGAGUCAGGGUGUGGUUCAAGAAUAGGCGUGCAAAAUGGCGGAAACGCGAACGCAACGCCAUGAACGCGAUGAACGCAGCCGCAGAGUUCAAGACUGCCGGUUUUGGCAGCCAGUUCAACGGCCUGAUGCCGACCUUCGGUGAUACCGAUAUUUACUCGUCCUACAGCUACAACAACUGGGCGACCAAGGUUCCAAGUCCCCUUGGCACCAAACCUUUCUGGCCCGUGGUUCCCACCAACCACCAUCAGUCUACUGUCAAUUGCUUCAACGCAGCCACUUCUGUGGCCGCCUCAAUGUCUGGAGCCGCAGGUUCGAUGCUUCCUGGAGGCAUGGGAGGAUCCCCUGCAUCCGUAUCUGGCCAACCCUGUCCCUACACCACCCCAACAACCCCCUACUCGAUGUACCACCAUAGAGCUGCCACCGAACCUUGCUCCGCCAUGUCAUCAAGCAUAGCGUCGUUAAGGCUCAAGGCCAAGCAACACACAGGCUUCGUGGGAUACUCGAGCGUCAGUCCUGUUCGAUCAAGUUCGAGCGGAUUAUCCGCAUGCCAGUACGCGUCCGGCGGUAUCGGAGUGGGGGAAAGACCCGGCUGAGAUCAGGCCGAGGCCCUCGCGGUCCACAUGAAACAGGAGAACCAGGACGAUUGAUCGUUUCUGGAUUGUGGAGAUCGUUAUUGGUGAUACGGUACAAUCGCGCGGUGCGAGAUGUGGAUUUGAACUGAACCGUUGUAAACGUGAAUUGUUGUUCCGUUUUGUUAGAUAGUGAGAUUAAUACUCAAUGGAGAAAUGUGGACGAAAUGGUGGAUUGUUUAUGGUAUUGGUUUUUAUAAAUACUGAUUCGAGUACCCUUGUAUGAUUGGAGAUUUUUUUUUGUUAUUAUUUUAUAGUUUUUCACUUGAAACACCCGUCGGAAAUAUCUUUAAAGCAUCGAGAUCGAUGAAUGUGCAGGUGUUCGAAGAAUGAGGGGUUAUUUGCUUUCUCAAAACGGCGUUUUGGUUAGGUCUAGCAAUAAAUAGUUGUUAAUUCGGUAGAUGAUGGAAUAAAUCGUGUUCUGUUCAGUUUUCGAUCAUUUAAUGAUGAAUGGGUAAUUGAACAGUUUCGGGUACUCCCAGAUUGAAAACCACUUAAGAUUCCAAAUGAAGAAUGUGCCUACAAGUCUUGAAUAUCAUACCGCAACAGCAAAUAUUGCAAUUUAUAUAUCUACUUUACUAGGUAAUAAUUUAGUGACAGAUGGACCUCAAGCACUGUUUGAAUUAGGUCGUUCGACAAUUAUUUUUUAGAAAUAUUAGUUUCACAAUGAUGAUAUGUACAGGGUGGGCAAAUUUCGAUGUUUUAGCACUACAGCUUUCAAACCAGUGGAGAUAGACAAAAUCUGAUACCCCAUUCUCGUU